GGAAGGGUUUCUGCUCGCACCCGAAGAGUGACUGACAGCCGGUGUGAACGUUAACCGCUCGCUGCUCGGAUUUGGGGAAUCCUCCAGUGUGUGCUGCGAUGAAGAUGGCUUUUUGAACAUCCACUAGGGUUCGGACGUUGGUAAUAAAGAAGACGGAAGACAUCGUUGUACGGUUGCGCCUGAAAAAUUGGUGAAAGGCGAUGGAGCAGCAAAGACAGAGAGCUCUGUCCACGUCAGGUGAAUCACUGUACGCUGUGCUGGGAGUGGACAAGAAUGCUACCACAGAGGACAUCAAGAAAUGUUACAGGAAACUGGCAUUAAAGUUUCACCCAGAUAAGAAUCCUGAAAAUCCGGAGGCAGCCGAGAAGUUCAAAGAGAUAAACAACGCUCACUCCAUCUUGAGCGAUGGAACCAAGAAGAACAUCUACGACAAGUAUGGCUCCCUGGGCCUCUAUGUGGCCGAGCAGUUUGGAGAGGAGAAUGUCAACACCUACUUUGUUCUGUCCAGCUGGUGGGCCAAGGCCUUGUUUGUCUUCUGCUGCUUAUCCACCGGUUGUUAUUUUUGCUGCUGCCUGUGCUGUUGCUGCAACUGCUGCUGUGGCAAAUGCAAACCUCGGCCACCCAUGGACCAGGAGCCUGAUUUCUAUGUGUCCCCUGAGGACCUGGAGGCCCAGAUGACAGCCGACGAGAUAGAUGGCAGCAGUGAGCCCAUUGUGAUGCAGCCGUCCUCUGCCACAGAAACUACACAGCUCACUGCCGAGGCCCACCAAAGCUACCGGACUGACACAUAUUAAACACACACACACACACACAUACACACACACACACACACACACAUUCCUACCUCCAUGGUUUCUCCAGGUUCCAUAAUCGGUUUAUCGUUUGUUCGGUCCAUUUUCAGUUGGCUGGACUGCUUAUCCUCAUUAGGAUCACGGGCGUGCUGGAGCCAAUCCCAGCGCUCUUCGGGCGAGAAGCGGGGUACACCCUGAACUAGUCACCAGCCAAUCGCAGGGCACAUAUAAACAAACAAGCAUUUGCACUCACAUUCACACCUACGGGCAAUUUAGAGUCUUCAAUUAACCUACCAUGCAUGUUAUUGGGAUGUAGGAGGAAACCGGAGUACCCAGAGAAAACCCACGCAGGCAGGGGGAGAACAUGCAAACUCCACACAGGGGAGGGCGGAUUUGAACCCGUGGCCUCAGAACUGUCAGAGAGACAUGAGAAUUGGAAAUUCAAAAACAAAAAAACUAAUUUUAUGUUUUUUAAUCUAACAAAAAUAGAAAAAUGGUUGUAUGACUUAGUUUGAGUAUACAGUCCAGAAUAGUGGUGUCACGAUACCAAAUAUUCUGACUUAAAUACUAUACCUGCAUAAAUUACCUAGAUACCGGUACUGAAACGAUACCGCGGCAAAAAUAUAUAAAAAAAAAAAAAAAAAAAUCAGUAAAGGCAUUGGAAUGAAAA